CUCUGAAUUCAUUGUAAUGAAAUCAUGCCCAAACGAAGGCUCCACGUCUGGAGUUACGACUCGAAACCCCGUGAUCGCUCAUUUUUAUAUAUACACGAGGGAGGGGAAAAAGCGUUUCCAUAGAGAGGUAAAAAAAUAUCGCAGCCCUCUUAAUAACAAUAAAAGAAAAGCAAGGCUGCAGAAGUUCGGGGUACGCACCUGAUGCCUCUCUCCUCGGAGUGAGACCGCAGCGAACCCCUUCCCACCGCAGCCACCGAGGACAACCAGGUCACCACGAUGCCCCACACCAGGCUGCUGCUUCUCCUCGCCCUCCUCUGUGCCACCCAGACCAGCCAGGCUCUUCACCUCUACAACGCCGCCUCCAUCUUCAGCUGCCUCAACACGGCCCUCGCCGAAGCUCGGAAGAGCCACUCUGAGGAAAACACCAUCUUGGACAAGCGCGGUUUUGACUCCCCAUCCCCAGAGGAGGUGUCUGAGGAAGAGGAGGAGGGGGAACAUAUGGUGGAUGAAGAGAUGGGGAAAAGGACAUUCCCAGGUGAAGGCCAUUAUAAAUAUGUCUCCCAGGCACAGGUGAAGGGGAAGACAUACCAAAACCGGGCCAAGAGUGACCGCCGCACCAAGGUCACCCUCUCCCUCGACGUCCCUACCAACAUCAUGAACAUCCUCUUCAACAUUGCCAAAGCCAAGAACUUGCGGGCCAAGGCCGCCGCCAACGCGCACCUCAUGGCCCAAAUCGGGCGGAGGAAGUGACCCCCCCAUGGGGCAGGGGGGACUCAGAGCAGGGCUGGUUGUGUGGGGCCACCACCCGGCCCCAGUCUGCUGGCCAGAGGGGACUGAUGGCUGUGUAUGAUAUCAGUGUUGUAUAUUUUUGACCCAUAGAGCUACCUAACUUUCAAAUCUCUUUUUCUUCCUUCUCUCCUUCCUGAUCUCCUCCGCCCCUCUUCCUGGACAUUUCCAUGUGUGGGGAAAAGGCUUGUGUCCCACAGCAGGGAAAGGGGACACGUCACCUUGGGAAGGUCCCUAAUUAAAGCUACAAUCUCUUGAGUUUCCAAUGCUUUGUUCUCUCACCACCUCCACCAAGUGCU